AUGAGUCGUAAGUAUAAGGGCGGCAGCCCGGAUAUGGUGAUCGAUAUGGUGAAGCCGAUGAAUUUUACGGGUGGGUUAGAGUUCAUGAACCUAACGUAUACGGUGAUGAAGAAGAAGAAGACGGAAGAAGGUAAAUGGGUGAAAGGAGAAGCGGAUUUGCUGAAUAGGAUCACGGGUUAUGCACCGAAAGGGUGUAUCACGGCGGUUAUGGGUCCUAGUGGUGCGGGGAAAUCAACGCUUUUGGAUGGGCUAGCCGGGCGGAUUGCUAGCGGCAGUCUCAAGGGAAAGGUGUCGUUGGAUGGGGUGGAGAUAAGCCCCGGUUUGAUCAAGAGAACCGCGGCUUAUAUAAUGCAGGAGGAUAGAUUGUUCCCGAUGCUAACGGUUUACGAGACUUUGAUGUUUGCUGCUGAUUUUCGAUUAGGAUCGAUUUCGAGGGCGGAAAAGAGGCAGCGUGUCGAGACUUUGAUCGAGCAACUUGGCCUAUCGACAGCAAGGAACACAUACAUCGGUGACGAAGGGAGUAGAGGAGUUUCGGGAGGCGAACGUCGUCGGGUAUCGAUUGGUGUCGACAUCAUCCAUGGACCAUCCCUGCUUUUCCUUGAUGAGCCUACGUCGGGUUUGGACUCAACCAGUGCUCAGAGUGUGAUCGAGAAGAUUCACGACAUUGCCCACACAGGAAGCACGGUUGUUCUCACGAUCCACCAACCUUCGUACCGAAUGCAACUUCUAAUCGACCACCUCAUUGUAUUGGCUCGUGGUCAACUCAUGUACCAAGGAUCCCCGAAAAACGUGGGCCACCAUCUAGGGCGAAUGGGUCGUAAACUUCCUAAAGGCGAAGACCCGAUGGAGUUCCUUAUCGACGUGAUACAACAAUAUGAUCAAUCCGAUUAUGGAGUCGAUGCAUUGGCUGAAUUUGCGCUUACGGGUAUGAAACCGCCGCAACUUUCAGAAAACGAAACGUCGUUUUCAACAAUCCCACCUUCUCCGACCCCACCACCAAGGCGGAAUCAUGAUCGGUCUGAUAAACAGAGCGAGGAUAAAGGUGGCUCGAGGAAGAGGCUUCACCUACAAACGGCUGGACGGCCCGAUCAACUUAAGGAUUUUGAUCAUAGCGUAAGAAGCCCGUGGAAUAACUCGAAAUCAUGGAGCCAAAGCGGAAUUAUGCAAUCGCUUAAACUCACUCCAAAUCGUCCGCAUAGCGAUCAGAGAACACCGCAUCCUGCAAGUGCAUCCCCAGGCUACUACACCUACUCGAGCGAUAUUGUAGCAGGAACCCCGACUCCACACAGCAGUGACUACACGGUGAACGAAGACGACUAUCUCACCCCGAACAACGCUCCAAAUGCUGCAAAAUACAACCAUUUAGGUCCCAAAUUCGCAAACUCUUUCUUCCCGGAAACAUGGAUUCUAAUGCGCCGAAACUUUAUAAACAUCAGAAGAACACCCGAGCUGUUUCUAUCACGCCUCGUGGUGUUAAGCAUCAUGGGGUUCAUGAUGGCCACAUUGUUUACGAAACCCGAUAGAUCAAUGCAAGGAAUAACUAACCGGCUCAGCUUCUUCAUCUUCACCGUUUGCCUCUUUUUCUUCUCUUCAAAUGAUGCGGUUCCCGCCUUUAUCCAAGAACGCUUCAUAUUCGUUAGAGAAACUUCUCAUAACGCCUAUCGAGCCUCUACUUACACCAUUUCUGGCCUCAUAACCUAUCUCCCAUUUCUAUUACUCCAGGCUGCAAUGUAUGCCGGGAUCACCUGGUUCGCCUUAAAGCUCGAAGGCCCGUUUCUUUACUUUCUGCUUGUUCUCUACGCUUCUCUACUCUCCACAAACUCGUUCGUUGUGUUUGUGAGCUCGGUCGUUCCAAACUACAUUCUCGGGUAUGCGGCUGUUAUUGCUUUUACAGCGCUGUUUUUCUUGUUUUGUGGGUAUUUCUUGAGCAGUCAAGAUAUUCCACCGUGGUGGCGUUGGAUGAAUAAGGUUUCGACCAUGACGUACCCGUAUGAAGCGCUUCUGUUAAACGAGUACCAAAGAAAUGAAGUUUUUGGGACGACUCUUAUAGGGACAAAUGUGACCGGAAUCGACAUCCUGCAAUCGCUGCACAUUUAUCAUGAAAACGACGAGAGGUGGUCCAAUAUUUACAUAAUGUUCGGAUGGGCGAUCUUGUAUCGGGUCUUGUUUUAUAUCGUUCUUCGUUUUGCUUCCAAGAAUCAGAGGACAUGAGGAUGAAAAUGGGUGGAUAUUUAUGGUGAGAAUAAGAAAAUGUUCAGAAAACAGGAAAUUUU